AUGACAGACCCUUCCCCCUCAAAAGCCAUGGACCAAGUGGAAAUCGACCCCCUUUCCACCACCAUCGACUCCACCGCCUCCGCAAACUCCACUCCUCCCCCAAACGUAACCGCCAGUACCGCUGCUGCAAUUCCCCAAUCAAGAAUUGUCUUUGACGAAAUGCUCGCUGCAUACCAAGCCACGAGAGACGAAGACUACCACUACAACAUGAUUCCCAUUCCCGAUCUCCUCCGCCAUCUCCGCGAGCGCGGUAUCCAAGCGUCCUUCAGAGAUGCAAUGGUUCUGAUGCUUCUCGUCGAUGACGAGAACCGUGAUUUGGUAUACCAAAACUUUCAUUUCACGCAUGGGACUGCGAAUUGUUUUGUUGCGGAACGUUCUAACCUGGUGUACGAGGAAGAUUUUGGAGAAAGUGAAGUUGGAGAUGCGUCACCAGGUCGGCAUGUUCAGGCUGGUGAUGACCAAUCUGCCAAUGAGGAGGUUGAGAAGCCGGAUAUGAUGGAGGUUGAACAAGCAGAGUUUUCUUCCGACGAUUCUACUCAACAUGAAGCCCAUAAGGAGCUUUAA